AAAUACGUCGUGUGUACGGUGGGGUUGUGGCUAAAAGUUAGCUGAGACGUUACGCGUAGCAUGUUAGCUCUUCUUUUAGUCUUUAUGUACUUAAGGUCUUAACCUGAGUUCAAACCUCCUUUGUGUUUGAGCUGAAAUACGCUCUUUGUUAUCAUUUGGAAGUUGUUUUUAUCGUGAUAGUGUCGCCCUUCGCUUUUGGGCUAGAAGGCUAACAGGCUCCACAAUGGAGGGCAGCGCCAGUGUUAGGAGAGCCUUGUCCGGGACUCUGGUACCUUCAGCGGUCACAACGGUGGCUCUGUGUGAGCCUGAGGACAGCGAGAAGGGGAAGCUGAAGAGAAAAGUUCUCGAUGAAGAGGAUUAUAUUCAGAGCUUAGAGAAAAUUAUCCAGAGGGACUUUUUCCCCGAUGUCACCAAACUUCAAGCACAAAAGGAAUACCUUGUAGCAGAGGAAAACGGAGACCUUGAGAAGAUGAGGGAGAUAUCCAUUAGAUAUGGAUCAUCGUUGAACAAAUCUACACCACAAACCUCUGCACCUUAUGUGACGCCGGCCAGCUUUGAGACACCAGUAGGUCACUCAGGUUCGCCCUCCUCCACUUUCUGCAGUAAAAGUUCAGGUGUGGAUCGAAAGGACGAUGACAAAGACGAGAAAGAGCUGCCCUGUUUGGAUCGCUUUCUUGCUAAAAACACCAGUGAAGAUAAUGCAUCCUUCGAGCAGAUAAUGGAUCUGGCAAAAGACAAAGAGAAGCUAAAGCACGCAUGGUUAUAUGAGGCAGAGGCUGAAUUUAAACAGCGCCACGAGGAGAACCUCGCCCUACCGUCAAUGGAGAAAGCUGCUCUUGAAUGUGUCAAAGCUGGACUGGAAACUUGGGAGUACAAAGCAAAGAAUGCCUUGAUGUAUUAUCCAGAGGGUGUUAAAGAUGAUGAUGCGAUAUUUAAGAAGCCCAGAGAAGUAGUACACAAGAACACUCGGUUUGUUGGAGAUCCAUUUAGCAAAGCUCUAAACAAAAGUCAGAUUCAACAGGCUGCAGCCCUCAAUGCACAGUUCAAACAGGGUAAAGUGGGCCCCGAUGGGAAGGAGCUUAUACCACAUGAAUCCCCAACAGUGAAUGGAUAUGGUUUUGAAAAGACUCCAUCACCGGCACCAGGUGUUUCUGAUUCUCCUCUGAUGACCUGGGGUGAGAUUGAGAGCACCCCAUUCCGGCUGGAUGGAUCAGACACGCCAUAUGUUGAGCGAAACCACGGACCGUCCUUCAAGAUUCCCGAACCAGGAAGACGAGAGAGGUUGGGUUUAAAGAUGGCCAAUGAAGCUGCUGUUAAAAACCGUGCAAAGAAACAGGAGGCCUUGAGAAAGGUUACAGAGAACCUUGCAAGUCUUACGCCUAAAGGUCUGAGCCCAGCCCUCACACCCGCCCUGCAGCGGCUUGUAAAUCGGACUUCUAGCAAAUACACAGACAAGGCGCUGCGGGCAAGUUACACGCCUUCACCCUCGCACAGGGUCACUCCCUGCAAGUCUCCUUUCGCCGGACCAGCCACUCCUUCAGGAACGCCAACGCCCACCAAAGCCAAGACGCCAGGCUCUCAGGACCUCACGUCUCUCACAGACAAUUUGCUGCAGCUUCCUAAGAGACGGAAAGCCUCAGACUUUUUCUAAAAGGAGCAGCUCUAUGUUCAAACUGUUAAAAAAAACUUUUGUAAAAGAAAAUCUGUAUCAAUACUUACCAGAAGGGCAUUUUUCCAGUUAAAGGACAAAAUGACUGAAGAAUUUCUAAUGCUCUAUUUGGGAAAUUCAGUGGUAAAUAGGAUAAUUGGUGUCUCAGUGAAAUUCAUCUUGUUCAGGUUUUUUUCAGUUUUGCUUUGUAAAAAGGAAAAUGUAAAAUAGAUUAUGUAUUUAUUCUGAUCUUGUAUGGUUUUUGAAACUUACUCAAAAACGAGAUCAUAAAGCCAAGCACAGCAUGUUAGUUUUUGCAUUUGUUACAUAAAAAUGUUAUAAAAUGUCGGACUUUUGGGUUUUUCAAUUCAAUGUGCUCAGUUAUAAACAAGCAUGGAUUUCGAUUAAAGUGGUCAUUUUGUCUA